UUUGUACUCAAGGAUGCUGUCCGACCAAACAUUUAUGCACUUUUGCCAUACAGAUGUGCCAGAGAUGAUUACAAGGAAGGCAUUCUUUUAGAUGCCAAUGAAAAUUCAUUUGGUCCAGCAUUGGCUUCCCGAAACGAUUUUCAAGCACCAGCCGCAUCGGGUGCCCUAGGCAACUCGGAUGUUCAUCUUGAACGUUAUCCGGAUCCUCAUCAACACGACAUCAAGAAGCUGUUGUGUGGUCUACGUGGAAUUCCAUCCACGGACUAUUUCUUUCUUGGUGUAGGAUCCGACGAGUCAAUUGAUAUUGCUAUGCGUGUGUUUUGUAAACCAAGCAUAGACAAGAUCUUGAUCUGUCCUCCUACAUAUGGCAUGUAUUCGGUUUCUGCCCAGGUCAACGAUGUUCAGGUGGUGAGAGUUCCUCUGGAUACUACUGACGGUCUAUUUCAAUUGCAAGUUGACAAGAUUCUGGACGAAUUGAAAAAUGAUCAUACUAUAAAAAUGGUUAUUUUGUGCUCUCCCGGAAACCCUACUGGAACUCUGCUGAAGCAUCAAGAUAUCAAGCGUAUCCUUGAUUGCACUUCAUUCAAGGGUGUUGUUCUUGUUGACGAAGCCUAUAUUGAUUUUUGCGGGGAUGCUGGCGGUGCCAAUGUCAAUUCAGUGGCAUCAUGGACUGUUCAGUACCCCAAUUUGAUUGUUACUCAAACUCUGUCCAAGGCAUUUGGUCUUGCAGGAAUUCGUCUCGGGAUUUCAAUUUCGUCGCCAGCAAUUUCUCAGAUCUUCAAUAAUACAAAGGCUCCUUACAACAUUUCUACUCCAACAUCUCUUCUUGGUCGCGCAGCACUGAGUGAAUCUGGCCAGGAUACCAUGCGCCAUCAUAUUACAUCUAUUAUUGAAGAGCGCCGCGACUUGUUGCAAAAGUUUGCUAAGAUGCCACGUCUAGGAAUGCCUCUUGGAAACAACGACUCCAACUUUAUCCUUAUUCCCAUUCUAAACUCGUCUGGAACGCCUGACAAUGAGAUUGCAUUAAGAAUAUACAAGCGUCUUGCCGAGUAUGAGGGUGUUGUUGUUCGUUUUCGCGGCAACGAGCUUGGAUGCACUGGAUGUGUUCGUAUUACCAUUGGCACACCUUCUCAGAAUAUAACUCUGGUUGAGAAACUUGGGAUGCUUCUA